AAUUGAUAUUUACGCGCAUCGUUCGUAUGCGUUUUUAAUAAUAAAAAAAAACAUUAUUAACGAAAAUAUGAGAAAAAAAUAGCCGAGUCGAAUUCGGGCCGUCGAAAACUAUCGAAUGGGAUACAAUAGUUUGGACUAUCGAUAGUUGUCCGCCACAAUCGCGCGGUGUGUUCUGCGCUCGCUGUAGUUCGCUGUAGCCAGCGACCGAGCCACACGACAAUACACAAUAAUCGUCCAGCGCGACGACUCGUACACACAUUAUCGUCGUCCCAGCUGAGCACGGAGCACUGCGCCGCAGAACAUAUUCACACGUGAAUCUGUUUGGGGAACGUCACCGAGUGUCGCCGUUGCUAUCGUUUUCGUGUGCCGACGAACGUCUCCACGGAUUUAUCGUCCGCGGCGCACACGGGCGCCCACCGCGGUCCCCACACACGAAAACGACACAGAUCGCCCACCACCGACGACGCGGCCGCCACCAUGCAAGCCCAAACGUGCCAUCAGAUACCCGGAGCCACGGUCAUAUUGAAACUCGAAGACAACGCCGCCGUAGCCUCGGCCGGUAAGUGUCUCGAGACCGACGACGACGACGACCCGCGUUCGCUAUCACCGUUGAUAACAACGCUAUUAUUGCAUUUACGGUUUUUAAUAAAUACGGCCGCCGGGGAUUUUCCACAGAAUGCUUUGCGUUGUACGUCGGAUCAACCCGAAAUAGACCGGAUUCCCCGAACUGGUCGGUCGCCUCUAUCGUGCGAAAUUUGUUUUUAUUUUUUUUUUUUUUUUUUUUCAUUCUUCUCCGGCCAUGUUACAGUAUUACAUACGAUUACGUGUACCGUACAGACGCGGACGGUCGUACAAUCGAUCCGCACAUCGCCGUACCUAUUUAUAGUUGGAUUUCCCGUCGUCAUUUUGUCGUCGGAUUUUCCGUACUCGUUGUCCCGUUACUGUCGACGCCGACCGCCACGGCCGCCGUCAUUACCGUCCGCUUAAUUGCUUUUGCGCGUAGCUCGUCGACACGCACUCGGUGUGUGUACUCCGUUCUCUCCGUCGCUGUGUUGCGUACGUUCAGUUGUCAUUGCGGGCACGUGAUUUCGUUCCGACCGUGCAGGUUUCGUCGUUUAUUGUUUUCGCCAUUAUCUCCAGACAACGAAACUUCAAUAACAUUAAUAACAUUCGUUUGUUGAACGCCGUCCGUUUACCACGUUCGAUCGUUCGACUUUGACGUUCGCCGUUAUCAUUCCGUACGCCGUCGCGAUAAACAUAAUUGCCUAUAUUGCUCGUUGUCGCCAUGAUUAUCAUCAGCUCGAUUGAAAGUAAAUCGACGGUACACAUUCUGCUAGGUCAGUAAUAUUAUUUGAUCGCUUGGCAAAACAAUAUUGUUGAACAACUCUUGUCCAAACAAAACAUCCCGGGCCUGGUAAACCGAUGUUGUGGUGUGCAGGCCGAGUUGUCCGUGAACAAAUUAUUGUCGUCGUGUAGUUAAAACGUGGUGAAUUUUGGUUUUUUUCAUUACGGUUCGUCGAAUUAUCCGUGAUGCUAUUGGAUAUACCCGCGUUUUGUAUGACAUUUCCAGAAAAUUUCGAAUGUUUUAAAAGUCCCUCCGUCCACGUUAAUGCAUCUCGGUUACGUGAUUCCAGGGCGAUUCUUUUUUACGCGUUACCUAUCGCCUGUUUUGCGAAUUUACAAUUUAUUUCGCAUUUUUGAUACUUCGUUUUACGAAAUUCAACUAAUUCAGUUGGGUAGGUUAGGUCUGAUAGGCAUUUCAAUUCUAUUUCGAGUAACCUACAUUCUGUUACCCAAAUACCUACGUAUGUUUUGAUAAGAAUAGUUUAUUGCAAAACUGUACGGUUAACUAGGUAGUACGUUUAAGAACUCUAUUAGUGGAAUUUUUUUAGUGAAAGGAUAAUAUGGUUAUGCAAUUUAUUAUACAUAUCAAGUACUAUUGUAGGUAGUUAACAAGUACUUAUAAUUUAAGAUACUUAUUGGAUUGUUCUUAAUCUGUCAAUUGAAAGUUGAUUAUAAUGGUCAUAAAACAUAAAAAAUUAUACUGCAUUUUGUCAUUUAUGUUACUGAAUAAUACUCCAUGUUCUGGUAUAAAUCAACAAAAAUUAAACUUUCUUUAUAUGCAAUGACUUGAAGCUCACGGUUCAUCUGAAUGUGUUGUUGUUGUACACAAUGGAUGGAAUAUGGCCUAAAAUUCUUGAUUUGUGAAUGGUAAGAUAUUGAGAUUUGUGCGUGCUUAGAGCGUACACACCACAAUUGAAUCAUUUUUAUAGCUUGAUGCCAUUCCGAAGCCUGCUUUUUCUUGAAAUUAGUAUGGGUAAGGCUUAUCCUUUAUUAUCUAUGGUUGUCCUGGUAAAAUGUACUUCGAUUAAGACAUCUUUAUUUACCAUUGUUGUCGGCUUAGGCCCAGGGGCAAAAAUGCAUCUUUAUUUGUGUCCCUGAUAGUAGUGUAUGGUGUGUCCUCAUAUAAGUAUUCAAAGUUCAUACAUUUUAUUAAUUGGUUCAAACUAUUCAAUUUAAAUAAAGAAAAAACUUGAAUGGUCAUGUGCAAAUACCUACAUGCCUACCUACCUAUAAAUUGGUCUCUUGUUUUGAUAAAAAAAAGUAGAUUAAAUGUGGGUUUGAGUUAUUAUUAACAAGUCUUGGUAUAAAAUUAAGUUUUACAAACAAUCUUCUAUUAUAAUUAUUUGUUUAUUCAGGUUUAUUAGAAUUGGCACACAGAGAAUAUCAAGCUGGAGAUUAUGAAAGUUCUGAAAGACACUGUAUGCAACUUUGGCGUCAAGAACCAAAUAAUACUGGUGUAUUACUGCUUUUAUCUUCAAUACAUUUUCAAUGCAGACGUUUGGAUAAGUUAGUUAAUAAUUAAUUAAAAUAAUAUUUAUACAUACCUAGUACUUACCUAUAUAAAUUGGUGAUUUUUUUUUUUAUAGAUCAGCUAACUUUUCAUCAUUGGCUAUUAAACAUAAUCCAUUACUGGCUGAAGCAUACAGUAAUUUAGGAAAUGUUUUCAAAGAACGUGGACAGCUUCAAGAUGCACUAGAUAACUAUCGUCAUGCAGUACGUUUAAAGCCAGAUUUCAUUGAUGGUUACAUAAAUCUCGCAGCUGCCCUGGUAGCUGCUGGUGAUAUGGAACAGGCAGUACAAGCAUAUGUUACAGCAUUACAGUACAACCCUGUAAGUUAUAAUUUUACCGAAAACACACACACGUAUAUAUAUAUAUAUAUUUUGAUAGAUUAAUGAUUUUAAUUUAUUAUUUAGGAAUUGUAUUGUGUUCGAAGUGAUCUUGGAAACUUGUUGAAGGCAUUGGGCAGAUUGGAUGAGGCUAAGGUAAACACAAAUAUUAACUGUGCAGUUUAAUUCAUUUUUCAGGUAUUCUGUUGUAGAUCGGUCACUGAUAAAAAAGAAUAGUAUAUGUUUAACUGAAUUGUUGUUUGUUUAUUUAACAUCUCAAGACCGCAAUUGGUAUUCAUCUAUUGCGCGUACAUUAUAAUUGAAGUUUUUGAAACAAAUGAAUUUAUAAAAUGGAUUUUAUUACUUGAGACUUAAUCAAUCAAUUGGUUCAAAAACUUCAGUUUUAGUUGUAAAAUAAUUUUAUUCCGUGAACAAUAGUGUAUUUUUUUUUGUUGUUUGCGGAAUUUCAGUUGUACAUCAUUAUAUAUGUUUUUGUUUAUAAAUAUAUGUGCAAAUCAUAUAUAUAAUUUUAAUAUGUAUAUGUCUUUAAAUAAAAUUAACAAAUUAUUAAAAGAAAAAAGGCAAGCUUUGAAAACAUACAUAAUGAUUCAAUUGACAUGCGCGGCGCUUGCAUAUUUUAUUUCUGCGCGGAAAAGAAUUAAAUGUUUUAUUUAAAAAAAAAUGAAUAGUUCAAAUUAUAUAUCAUAUUAACGAUUUAUGUAUGAGUACCUUAUCAAAAUUAUAAUGAAAUCUGACAAAUUUUAGAUUCUAAAUAUGAAUUUUUUUAAUGUGAGCAUUUAAUUCUUUUUAUCGUAUUCUAUGAAUACACAUAAUAGCAUUAUAGUUUGCAAAAUUGACUGUUGGUCUUUUGUUUUAUACAGUUAUUUUUAUAUCACGAUUGGUUCGUGGUUAUAAUAAUGAGCAGUUUUAUUUAAGAACAUAUUUUUAUAAUAAAGACAAACAGAUGCAGUGUUGGAAACUGUAUGUUUUUUUUGUUGAUGAAUAUCCAAUAUCUGUCUUUCAAUUUCUAUGGAGUAAAUUUUACUCUGCAUUAAAAAAAAAAAAAAAAAAUUUAAUUAAAAGUAUUUAUAGUUCUAUUGCAAAGAAACAAAAAUAAAUAUUUUGAUUUCAACUUUAUAUAUUUACUUGAUGAAUUUAAGAAGCAAAUAUUACUUUUUGCAAAUUUAAUUUGUUUUAAAGAAAUCAAUUACUAUAGUUGUUAAUAGUAAUGAAUUUACUUUAAUAUAAAACAAUUUAAUUAAGUCUUUUCCUUUUUAUUUAUACUUAAAUUAGUAAAACACAUAAAUGGUAUUUGUAACCUAUGUAUGUUUGCUAUAAUUGAUCCCUGAAAUUUUCUCUUUAUAUUUUUCAUAAUUUGUAUUUUACUUAUUUAAUGACAUUUUUUAAAUUUAUAAUAACUUCUGUUUUGAGUAAAUUUGAGUAAAAAUAAUGUUUCAUAUUUAUAUUUCUAACAUUUAUAAAAUGAUUUCUUAGUUACUUUGCAAUAGAGAAAACAAAAGUAUUAAAAACUUUGAUUCAUCCAAUUGAUGAGAUUUCAUUAAAAGUUUUCAAUGCGCCGGUCUACAACAAAAAGUUAUCAACGCCUAUAUUGACCUCUUCAUUCGAGUUAUUUUCAUUAUUUGUCAUCUUAAACCUAUUUUUCCUAUUAGUUCUUUAUUUUUUAUUUUUAUCCAAGUUGUUUCCUUGGCUUCAAAAAUUGAUGGAGAACCCUGACUUCCUUGAUAUUAACGGUAAGUAAUUAAAACAAAUCAUUUCUAACUUUCUCGAUUUGGGUAUUCCUAUCAUUUAGAUUUUAAUAUCUUAUUUGUGGGUGUAAUAAGUUAAACAACAAAACAUUUUACUGUAAAUUGGUUUUGUAUAAAAUAAAUUGAAAUUCAAUUAAUUUCCAAAUGAUUAUUUUUUGAUCGAGAAAGUGUUCUUUCAAAGCUAAACCUUUUUUAUGAUUUUUAUUUUGAAAUAUAAUAGCUUUUGAAGUUAUUUUCCAAUUAUAGUAACAACUAUCCAAAAUCUUUUAUACAUUUGAAUAUAGUGUAUUAUUUAAAUAAUUCAACAAAACUUCAUCAACUUUCCAAAAGAAUUAUAUAUUUUUAUUAUAUUAAAAGUUCAGAUUAAAUUACUUUCCGUGAAGAAAAUACUAGUUUUUUUAUUUUAUAUAUAUUUAAAUAUAAUUUAAAACACGUACAUACUAAUAUCAUUCGGAUUUUUUUUUUUUACUUUGCAGGUACCAUCCGUCAAUUUUUCUAGGUCCAUGUACGAAAAUGUUCUGUGUUUAAUUGAUGAGGAUGUACGGCGAGUGUGUUCCUAUUUCCUGAAUAGCUACCACCUCAUACAUUUAUAGGUACAAAUUAAUUCACAAGUCUUAAAAUCAAAUUUUGUAAACGGGAAAUUACACCAAAAGUACUAAAUUUACUGGUAACCACUCGCCUCACACUCUCGUAACAAUGAUCAUGUCGACGGUGUCGACGCCGGUUUCACAAAAAGGGCCAAAUAUUUAUUUUUAUUUUUAUUCUGAUAUCUUAAUAAUUCUUUAAAACUUCUUUGAGAAAAUGAUGAUAUUUUUUAAUAUUGUUAUGACAACACUAUUAGUUAGUCUAAAGUUAAGAUGUACAUAAGUCAUGAUUUUCUCCUAUUGAAGUGGGCAAAUAUUUUACGUUAGGAUUUUUUUUUCUUAACAAGUGCAUUUUUUGUUUUUGUUUAUAGGAAUGUGUCAAGGGAUGCGAAGUUAAUGACGAAGCACGCGCGCUUGUGUACAUUUUCUCUCCUAACACUUCUAUUGUGUUGAAAUCUAAAAUAUGAAGUAUGGCUUGAGCGCGUUUAGGUCCCUUAUAAACAUAGCACGAUUCCAAAAAUAAAACAUUUUUUAAUCGUGUUGUGUUGCAGCGUAGAUGCGCGUUUUGAAUGGUUGCUGUUAAAAUGAUUAUAAAUGUCUUUAUUCUCUUAUUUUUAAUUUUAACAGAAAAUAAAAAUUAUUUUCAAUAUAUUUCACCACUUAAAUCAUUUUAACAGCCUUUACAGAUAAAACUAAAGUCUUGGUUUAGACAUUUACAUGUCUUGCGCUUUUCCAACUUUUUUUAAACAACUUUUUGGAGAGGAAUUUGUACAUAACACACUUUUUUCAUUCUGUUUUCCGUUUACACUUAAAGUAUAAAACAGAGUUAUUGCUAUUUAUUAAUUGAUAUUUUUCUUUUUCCUUUUCCCUAAAUUUCCUUUGGGAUCCUGCUUUAUUUUUAUUUACAGUCUUGUUAUUUGAAAGCAAUUGAAACCAGACCAGACUUUGCUGUUGCCUGGAGCAAUCUUGGGUGUGUCUUCAACUCUCUAAAUGAAAUAUGGUUGGCUAUCCAUCACUUUGAAAAAGCUGUUGCUUUGGAUCCAAACUUUUUAGAUGCAUACAUUAAUUUGGGAAAUGUAUUGAAAGAAUCAAGAAUAUUUGAUAGGUGAGUAGUUAAAAUAUUAUGAUUUUAUUUCCAUAGUUUUUAAAAAAUAUUUACUUUAAACUAAUUUGUAAUAUUAUUAGUUAUAUAUAUAUAUACAUUAUUAAGUGUCAUGUAAGGUAAAUCAUAAAUAUAAUAUUUAAUUUUAUGCCUUAAUUAAAAUUAAAAGAUUAAUUGGUCUAUCUUUGUAAGUAUUAUAGUGUUUAUACAUUUUUAUUAUCAAAACAUUAAUUUUAAAUCUAAUGUUUAAAUUUGUUAUCGAAAUACAAAAACUUAAAUGUAAAGUAAACUAAAACUAGGAAAAUUAAACAAAUUACAAAAUCUGAAUUUUGUCAACAUUGAUUAGAUUUUUGGUAUAAAAUUUGGUUUUUAUUAAAUUUCACUUAAAUAAUAUCAUUCAUGGAUUUGUUUUCAUUAUUCAUAUAUUUUUACCUACAAAUUAAAAGGAACAUUUUUUAAUUAUACAUUUUUAAUUUCAAAGGGUUCAAAAACUAUUUUAUAAUUAAAAUGUACCUGGCAUACCUAACUCAUUUCUUUAUUACAACAUAAUUUUAUUUUUUAAUACAUGCACCACUGUUUUAAUGUCAGUUUUUAAUAAUUUUGUACAAGACGAGUAAAUAAACCAAAAAUAAACAAAUAAGAACAACUUAAUUAUGAACUUUUCUUUAUAAACUACUCACUAAUUUAUUAAUUACCUUUUAAGUAUAUAUUUUAUUGAUUCUGUAUUCUGUAGUUUACUAUUCUUUGAAAAAGUUAAAUGUAUACAUAUUUUAUGGUUCAUUGUGUGUUCUCACACUUUUUUCGUACGUGUGUUCAUGUCAUUAAUGCCAUAUAUAUUAAGUAACAAAAUUAGAAGUAGUUAUUAAAAUGGAAAUUCAUUAUUAUAAAAAUAAGUUUGAAUUAUAUUAUAUCAGAUAACUAGUGUUUCUUUUAUGUAGGCCAUGUAGUGAUCACUAAUAUUUUAUUGAUAGGAAAAAGAUUUAUGUCGGUAUUGUUAAAUAAUCAUAUUUAGUUAAAUCUUGUUAUAUACAGGGUGUCCCACAAAUAUUCGGCAAAUUCAAUAACUUUUGUUCUAUUUGAUAAUUUUGAUUUAAAUUUUUUUAAAUGAUUGGUAUGCCUCAGCACUACAGUUCAUAUAUGAACAAUUUUUUUUUAGGAUGAGGGGAACUUAAAAUUGACAAUUUACAAUUUUUUUAAAAAAAAAUUCAAAAUAGGCAUUUGGAAAAUAGAUUUUUAUAAAAUUUUUGGUGAUUGGAACUUUUGUUAAAGUAUGGUCUUUUAUUUUCUAUGAUUUUUUAAAGUUUUGUAAAUGUGAAUAUUACCUAUUGUGGUUAUUCAGUUAUCAGUUAUUUGUCAGGAUUUUCUUUUCUAUGAGUUAAUAUCAUGCAAUAAUAAUAUCAUAUUAUAGUUAUGAGGUAGUUUCAAUCAAUCAAUAAUGGUAAUUUAUGUUGAUAAACAUAAUUGUUAUGAUUGAAAAGAAAAUUAUUCAAAUUUCCAAAAAAUCUUAGAGAUUAAAAGACAAUACUUAAACAAAAGUUUCAACCAUCAACACUUUUCUAAAAAUUUUACAAAAUGGCUAUUUUUAAUUUUUUUUAAAAAAAAUAUAGUAAAAUUUUUUAUUUUUUAUUUUGUGUCCUCUUCCUCUUAAAAAAAUAUUCAUAUAUAAACUGUAGUGCUGAGACAUACUAAUUACUUUUAAAAAAUUAUAUCAAACAUUGAAUAGAACAAAACUUAUUGCUUUUGUCAAAUCCUUGUGGGAGUCCCUGUAUAUUUAAAAUAGAAUAUCGAUUUUUAAUUGUCAACAAAAGUUUCAUAAGAGAUUUAUUUUCUUAUUGGUUCAAACCAUAAAUGAUCAAACUCAAAAAUUAAAAAAAUAUUUAAUCAAUCACUGAUAUCCUAAUUAUGUUAAUUGUGUUGUAUUUCACAUAUUUUGAGAAUUAGAGCAGAUGACUCAUUUAUUAAAAAAAAAGCAUACCAUUUGCUAGUGUCUAUUAAACUAUAUUGGGUACUUUUACUUAAACCCUAAUAUGUACAGUGUAAACUUGAAAUAUAUUUGUAUAUAUUUUGAGUAGAACAUGUGAGUUUUAUAAUGUUUUUAAAUUCUGAGUGUAGCACAAAAGCUGCAAGUAUGUGUUUAAUUUUUUUGAAAAGUUUUAAAAAAAACUUAGGGCUUUAUUUUGACUGCUUAAAAUAUUUACACAAUUGGUCUGAGUAUGAUAAAAAUAUGACAGUGAAAUAUUACAAAAUAUAUUUUCUAACAACAAGCACAUAUGUUUAAAUAUUGAUUGAAAACUUCUGCAUUUUUAAUUUAAAAUUAUUUAUAGCGGAAUUUAUUUAUGUGUUUACUUAUAUGAACUAUAAUAUCAUAAAGUACAAUCAACUAUAUUAGGUAGGAAUAUACCUACACAUACUAAGAGUUCUUAUCUUCUAUAAUGAUGAUUUAUGUUAAGCAACACAAAAUAAAAAUUGUACAUUUUUACAUAAUAAUCCACUGUAGUUAUUAUUAGGGUAUGCAUUAUACACUAUUAUUAUUUAUCGUCCACUCAUUGCAUUAUCAUAUUAAUGCCAUGGAACUAAACUUUUUCUCUGUGAAACAUUUUAUUAUUAUUUUUAAUUAUUAGUUUACAUCAAUGUUUUUUUAUUAAUAUUUAUUAUUAUUAUUAUACACCGAACUGGAUUAUUAGACACAAAUCUUUAUUAUUUUAUAUUACAUAAUAUUAUUUUAUAGCUUGAUAAUAUUACCAUGUAGAAUAAUAUUGUUAAUCGAUUAUUUAGAUACACAGAAUCAUGGUUAUUCAGUGAUAAUACUGUGUAACUAUCAGAUAUAAUUUUUUUUCCUAUUUACUAGAUAAUAAAUCUGAAAAAAAAAAAUGCAUAAUAGGUUUUAAAUUAAAAUUUUUAUUUUUUAGUCAUUCUUUCGUUUGCAAUAAUUACGUAUAUUAUUUAAAAUUAUGGCUACCUUCCAAUAUAUGUUCUAUCCUUGAUUCCAAUAUGCAGCCUAUCUUAAAAUCUGUGCUGGGCCAGGGAUCAAGGAAUUUGAAAGAGAAAUAAAAAAAUGUUUUAGUUAAACUUAAGUUAAUAUUAAAUUACACUUAUUACUACAGUUCACAGCACGAAUGCUGUGCAAUAAAACAAAAUUUCAACUAAGCACUAGUCCAUUUUUAUCAAUAUUUGUUCAAAAUUAAUUAUUCCGCCUAUACAUUUUACAUAGACUUAAUAUUUUCAAAACAUUUUUCCAAGUUUUAAGUUAUUUAUAGCUAUUUGGCAUGUUAGUUUUUUUUUUAUGGAUAAAAUAGUUUCGUCGCAGCAAAAAUGAUUAAACAUAUUUACAAGGGUUCCAUUGUAAGUUGUAGUUAGUAAAGAAAAAAAAGUAGUUGUUUUAAGUGUUAAUAGUUCGAAUUAGUUUAAAAAUCAUAAUAAUCGUGGCAAUUAAAUAUACAUUUAAUCAAACUAAGCCUAAAAUCGUUUUUCGCUAGCAAUAAUUUAAACAGCUCUUCUAUGCAUAAUUGUCUAUCUAACCAACUUCCUGCCUACAACGGUGGCACUUCUAUCAGCAGUAUCCAAUUUUUUGUUUGUUUUUUUUUUUUCUAAGAUAAUCAUUUGAUUUUUAUAAUUAUGUAUUCAGUAUUGAAAUUUAAACUAUCUGUUAUUAUUAGUUUUUGUUAAUAUAAAUGUUAAUUUCCAUUUUUACGCGAAUAUAUUUCUGCAAUAUUUUCAAUGGUACACGUAUUUUGGUAACCACUAUUGAACCGUUACCAUAGUAACUCUACAGUGGCUCGACCCAUAUCUACAGCUUUUGAUAUAACACAAUGAUGACUAACAAUCGGUCCGAUAUUCUACUAGUCUCGGAAUUUUAUAGUAUACUCGUACACAAUUUAUAAUAGCUCACUUUAUAUUAGAAUAUAAAUAUAUAGAACUGUUGUGAUGGCUUAUUUUUCGACUUUUAAAAUGAAGGUUAGGUACCGAUAUUGUUAAAUAUUGACAAAACAAAAUGGACAAUUUUAAUGGAAUUUUUGGGAAAAUUUUUCUUUGAAAUUGAUGAUUUUUGUAGCGUUUUCGAUUUGACGAAGUAAUUGCGCACACUAUUUGUAUUUAGUGCACGCUGAGUGUUACAAUAUAAUAUUGGAUUUUUGUUAAAACUCUGCGAUACACUAUCGAUUUUUAUGUUGCCCCAACAAUUAUAUGAACUCAGUUACUCAAUCACGGGCGCAAUAAUCAUAUUAAUAAUCAAUUUAGAUAAAUUAUGUUUUAUGGUAACUGUUAUCAUAUCUAUUUAGGUAUUUGGGUUGAUUAAAAUUUAAUUUAAAACUGUGCUAAAACAAUUAUGGAUUAUUGCAUUAACCAUCCCGGUAAAAAUUAUUAUUUUACUACGUCAAUGCUGAAAUAAUAUUUUUCGUAUCUAUUCUAUUUCAAAAUACUGGACCACUGUCGGCGAAAAACUCGUGUAGUUCUAAUUGAAUUUCAACGCGCACUUUUUUGUCAUAUCGAAACCGUUGUUUAAGUGAAAGGUACUUUUCAUAAAAAAAAAAAAUAUAAUAAUAUAAUAAUAGUGAAAAAUCCCCAAUGUUUCUGGUUUUCUGAAAUUCAGUCGUAGUGUUUUCGUCCUUACAUUGUUAAGUAAUCAACGGUAUAACAAUAAUAUUAUUAAAAACGAGUUAAUUAAAACCCGUCUAGAGGUUUAAUUGUUCCGUGUGUUUUUUGUUUUACGUUUUAGUAUAGCAGCCGAGUCAAUUAAAAUUAGAUUCAUAAUAUAUACGAAUUUGAAUUCAGUGAGCAGAAUGAGUUUAAUUGUGUACGUUUAUUGUUUUCGACUUUUUCAAUUAAAAUACGUUAUUCACGUUAUGGAAGUGGAGAUAGUGAAUAAAAUAUGUAUAAUUAAUAUUAAUAUCUCAAAAUGCAUAGGUUUUAAAAAUAUAUUCGUUCUUGUUUAGCUAUUGUGUGACCUGCGAUGCGUGUCUGUGUAUCCGUUUGAGAAAAAGCGUAAUUUGUUUUAUUUAUUUUUCCGUAUACGGAUCACGCAGACACAUUUUUAUUUUAGACGUGUCAUAGUAUUGAUAAAUCGGACACACGCGUGUGUUACGUACUAUUGCCGUAUUAUUGUGUCUAUUUGGUAAUAGAUGUUUAAAACGACUAUAAAAUUCGCGUAUACCUAUUUAUCAUAUCAUGCAAUGGUCUAAAAGACUGAUCUAUAGAACGACACCCAAUGGGUUUGAGAGAUUUAUCAAACUUUCGACAAUCGCCUUAGAUCAUCCUUGGAGAAAUACCUCGUGAACCCAUUUUUCACCCGGUAAAGCCAAAACUUGUUGUCGAGUCAAAAAUUUAGUAGUACCCGAGUAAUUUGUUUGACAAUUUAUACGCUGCACCGCCUAUAUAUACUUGGAAAACGUAACAAUUUAUUUUGUUCGGCGAAGCGCACAUAAUUCUUCCCGAAUUUAGCAUUUUUUUCUCAAUUGUUUUUUUUUUUUUGGAUUAUUAUUUUUACCUUGAAUUAGUAGUGCGGAACAAGCGUAGAGAGUAUUGUUUCAUUACUAUAGUAUUAAAACCGAAGCCCCUUAGCCCACCCCCUCUCCCCAACGGGAACGCCACCGCAGUCGUAUGCGACUCGGAACAAUUUUUGCGACAUUAAACCAUAAUUAUAAUAUUAUGAUUAACAUAAAAACGUUUAUCCGUUUAGAAUGAAAAAUGCACGCACAUAAUAUUCUAUUGCCGGUUUUUAUUUCAUUUAACGUUUAUUUAUUAUUAUAUUUUUUUUUUACAAAUAUUAUGUAUUCCGUCGAAUUGUUUUUAAAUCGCCGCCGGCAGUCCGGAUUAAAUUGCGCGCACCAAAAGUAAUUUAGUUUAUGUAUAAUAUUUUAGUCGCCAUAUUUUUUUUAUUAUGGCGUUGAGCUCUCUCUAUAACAGUUGUCUCAAAUGUAUAUAUAUUUUUUAAAAUUUACGUUUCCUUCCCCGUAUAUAACUCGAGUAUAAGUGCGAAUAAAUCCCAUAAUAACGAUUCUGACGACGGUUGCGUAUUAUGUUUUAUACUUGUUUUUUUUUUUUUAUCGCUUGACAAUAAUAUAUCGGCGGUGUAUGUACGAAAACGCAUUAUUUCUCUUGAAAAAUUUCCCCUAGACUGGGUUUUUUUUUUUUUAUAUGUCAACACGGCGGCGGUGGAUUUCCGUUUUAUUUUCCUUUUAUAAACGCGGGCGGCAAAAUGUACGAAAGCGCUCAAGCUCGCCGAGAUCGUGAUUCUCGGCGGACGGCUCUGAAACGGGGGCAGGACGGAUGGUUGUGUUUUGUUGUAUAUAGAUCGAUAACAUCGGUGUAUAGUGACUGGGCACAAUAUUCUGCUCUCGUAUUGUUGCAAACGCGAUGCGAUACGACACCGGUAAUAUUCCGCACUGCACCGUGUUCGAAGUGUACACUGUAGUAAUUUGCGCUUGGCGCGGAGUGGUGGUGCGGCGCGGCGUUUUCCCUCGUUGAAAAUCCCGCGCCACUAGGCCCGCAGACAUUUUCCAAUAUUCGCGCGCAGCAACGUUCAUUGGACACCCCGGUAGAAUAACAUUUGGCUUACCGCAAGUGUGUGUGACCCGUUCAUACGAUUUGUGAAUUAGUAGCGGGAGACCUUUUAAUAAAAUACGAUAUUACAUUCUACGCAUUGGAAAUACUCUCGCCGGAGUGACGGAUAACUUUAUCAAGUCCAAAAGUUAAGCAAUCGGGUUACGGUGUCUAUCGCCCGGUAGUUGUUUGUUUUUUUUUAAUGGGAGAGCGGAGUAGACACAUAGCGGAUGAUCACUAAACAAAUGCCUAGAUCUGCAUUGACGUACCCAGGAUUUCGAAAUAAGUUUUCGAUGCUGAAGCAGAAUGGUUUUUGUACAUUAAAGUAGUCAUUAGAGGUGUGGAGAGGGGCUGGAUUCGAUAUAGGUAUUAUCGGAUUUUUUCACCCAUUACGGAAUUUCACAAUUUGAUUUUCCUUCCCGUUUUCAUUACCACGCGACAUCCGCCUUUCAACUUUUCAUUCCGGUUUCAAACGGAAGUUAAAUUUCGAAUACGUUUAAAGUUUUAAAAUAAAUAGCAUAUUGUACAUAUAGGUACUUUGUACGUAUGCCUGGAAAACAUAAAUUAGGUCAAGUUAGGACUUUUAAUAUACGAUAAGUACCACGAAACCCGAAAUGAAUAUUGAACCGGAAAUCAGCCAUAUUAUAAAAUCCUCUCACGGCGAGCUAUUCCGUGUGUAUAUUAUAUAUACACGGGACUAUAAAUAUUUCGUAUUCCAUUCAAUUUAUCUCGGGAAAUAAACAUUUUUUUUUUUUUUUUUUUUUUUCGAAAACUGUCACAUACACAUACUGUAUUGGGGUACUAAAGUGUAAUUAUUAUGUUUUCAAUUUUAUGCGUUUGCCCGUGGAACUGGUAGGAGAUACUCUCGAUAUACUCUCGAUAUACUCUCGAUUUUCAAAUGGAAAUGUCGUCUAUUUACGGGAAAUCCCACGAGUCUGUAAAGUUUUAGUCGCAGAUAGUUGUUGGCGUUUGCCUAUAGGCAAUUGUCGGGAAAUCGAUCAUCCUGUACACGAUGUACGCGUGCGCCUAUAUAGGAUUUUCGGGAUGUAUCGAAACAAUAAUAAUUGGACAGCCCGGUAGGGGGGAGUGGGGAGGGGGGCGUUGACGAAAUGACGACAGAGCGAUGAUAUUGUACAACGUCGUAUAACGGUGUACCCCCUACGCACGUGUGCCGCGAUCAAAAUAACGGGACGGCGAAAAACACACAAGCCGGUCGCGGUCUGCGAGUAUGCGGGGGCGGUUGUAUGAGCAGGAGAGGGAGAACGGCCGCGUGUUUAUUGUACAGAGUGCCGCAAAACCCACGUCCUGUACGGUUUCUGAAGCGCGGCGUUUGUUAUAUGUACACGCAGCGUUGCCGGAGAAUCUCGGGAGCAUUGUGCCCCUGUUACACACCGUAUACACACGCCGUAGGCUCGGCGGCGGUCGGGUUCGCCGUGAAAAACCCGCGUUCGGAAUGUCCGUUCGAUGACUCGAGAGAUUUUCAAAAUACACCGUCCGAAUGCCUCUCGCAAACACUCGGCGUAACGAACGCGCCGCGCGCCCCGCGUAGAAGGCUGGACGGAGCCGUGUUUUUUUUUUUUUUUUCCGGACAACUUUUUUUUUUUUUUUCCGGACAACGACAAUAACACCACUCGAGACCAUUCGACGGAUAUUUUCGCAUUUGAUUACUGCAGUAUAAAUUUCGCAUUUGAUUACUGCAGUAUAAAUAAAUCGAACCGUCGUCAAACGUUAAUGUGAAUCGAUGAAUGUAUACAAAAUGAGAAACACGCGUGUCUCGAAACUUUUUUAAUUUUGAUUUAUUCGCUCUGAAAACUAUCGAAGACUAAUUGUCCCGCCCGCCGUUGCCCGUGCCGAAAGAAAUAAUACACAAAUUAUUAUUAUUGUUUUGUGCUAUUACUUCGACCCUUACACGGAAAUUAGUUUGUUUCGACGUGUUUUUUUUUUUUUAGCUUGUAAAUCAGUAAACGUGAUUUUCCGCCUCCGAAACACCAAUGACCCCGCGGCAACUUGGGGGUUGAAUAGUGAGGAGUGGGGUUGAAGUAGCAUAUUCUUGGUUUAGAACUAAAUCUGUGCAGAGUUUUUGCUCAACCCGUUCGGUAUUUCGAGCGAAACGGGAUGAUCGGUCCGAACAGACUUUCAUGUUAUAGUGGGAGCGUUGGAUGUUUCGUCGCACCCUGUGUGUACCGUUUUUCCGUCGUCGGCGAGGUGAAAUAUAUGUAAUUUUCGACAUCGUCAUGGCGACGGCAGCGGCGUUUGACGAGCAGACGGCCAGAGCGCCACCGUCGCCGGCGGCCUGUUGCUGCUGUGCCGCGACGACACCAAGCCGCGCCGUUACGACGAAGUCGUCUCGGAGCUUUUGCGGCGAGGCCCGUUCGCCGCAGUCGUGCGUAGCGGUCGUUUUCCGCCAGAUUAUAUUGUUCCGGUGCGGUAUUUUCCGCGGACUUUCCGCCAUAGAUUUUCCGCGCUUUUCUACGACGGCGGCGGCGGCGGCGGUGGCGGUCGCAUCAUCGCCGCCGCGGGAAAACGGAAAAUAGCACGUCGCGUACAAUUGCCGCGCGGCACCAUACGCCACCCGUCUGUAUACCGCGGUAUAUUAUUCACCAGCGUACACUAGUAGUGGGGACGUCUCGCGGACGUUGCAAAUUUAUAAUUACUCGUCGGAGGGACGACUUUUUGGCCGCGUCCGUCGUCGCGGAGAGCGUCUGCGACCGGCAAAUUAUCACCGACCGACAUGGCCCGUUCGUUAUCGCAUAAACUUGCGCGACCGUUAUGACAUCAAUACGCCGCAAAAAAUAAAAUCGUUCCGUAACAGUAUUUGAUCGCCGUUUAUUAUAUCGUCAUUGUUGUUAUACGCGAUACCGUCGCCCCGCUCCCCGCUCCCCCCCCCGCAACAUGGAUUACCAGUGCAUCGUGGUGUACACCAUUAUAACGAUACUGCCGCCCGACGAGCAGCGCCGGUACGAAGACGCGCUGUCCGCGCUCCGGGAACCGGCCGACGGAUGUCUGGGCGUCGUUAAACGGUGGAUGAAAAGGUAACCCGUUUUUUCAGUGUACCGUGUAUACGUUUAUUAUGCGCCGUGAGAUAAAGUGGCGGCCAGCCCACCGAACGGCCGUUGUCACACCGGCGAUAGCAUUACGGACGGUGUGUAUUUUUUAUCGUUUUAUAUGAUGUCGGUGGUCCAGUUUUGAAAUCGAAACGCGUUAAAUACAAAUAUAAGAGUGUAAAAACCGAUUAAAAUCGGGCAUAGAUAUCUUCAUUCGUAAAAUACAAACUAUUUCGAAUACUUUUAUGAUAUCUAGUAUCUGUGUUAAUUUCCGGACGAAACAUUAACUGUGCUGCUAUCUAAUCAGUUGGCCACCCACUUUUUUUUAGGCUUUCUACGCACGACUAUUGAUAUUGUUAUGUCGGUUGUUUCCCGGGCUCAAUUCUUUCGCAAACAGAGAAAUCGAUAAAAGAAAUAUUCAAUUUGACGCGUAUCCCCGGUUCCUCCACCCUUAUCCGUAUCGCGUCGUGUUAAUCGGUAUUGUUCGGUAAUUUAUCUUUCAAGACGGAUACAUCGUGUUUCACAGUUUUUUUUCCACCCGAGCUUUUUAACCCAUAAAUCAACAACAAAACAAAAUUGUACAAAUUUAAUUUCUGUUCCUCAAAUCGGCCCCCCCCACCGUUCAAUAGUUGAAUUGCGAGAUAAAAAUAAGACGGCGAUAAUAUUAAAUAAAUAAAAAGACGGCGAUCCUUACUCUUGUUUUGGAAGCCGACCGUUGGAAAGUUACAUCGCGAUAUCUUGAUUAAAGUCUUAUAUGACGGAUGAACAGACUGAUAGAAUUCCAAUUCCUCGUAUGAGAUAUGCGUGCGUUGUGAUGUCGUUUUGUGUUUUUACAUGCGAAAACUCGCGAUGGUAUCAUGGAAAUACGUCGCAGAUGUGUCGUUGCGGCGGCGGUGAAGAGUUUCGGGACUAUAUAUAUCUAAUAGCGCGCAUUGCGUAUUAUCGGUGAGGGGGAGUACGGGGGUCAAAGGCCUCGCGGUUUAGGGUUUUUUUUUCACUCUCCACGUAUAGUUGCCCGAGAUGUCACGGCGCCAUUGUCCGCGAACGUCCCGAGAAAAUCCCGCGUCUAUAUUUAAUAUAGGCAUUGCGUCGCAUAAAAAAAAAAAAAAACCUUGUCGAUUUUUAAUUUCCGCCGGUGGCGCGCCGUUGACGUAUUAUUUGCGUUUUGCGGUGUCGUCGGAACGUAAUCGAUUACCUUCCGAAGAAAGGCCCGUGUUACAAUAAUGAAUACGGGAUCAUCGGAUGGGUUCCAGUGUCCUUCGUACGCCGGAUGAUGAGAGAAAAAAAAACAUCGUACGGCGACUUGUAUAAUCACAAAUAUUCCAAUAUAGCUUCGGUAGUAUGGGUCAGAGGGAGACGAGAUUCCGUCACUUCUUCCGCGGGUUUUUUUUUUUUCCCGGUUAUCGCGAAGGAAGAAUCGCCCGAGGCUCCUAAUAUAAAACAUGAUACGAUAAUACAUAUCGAUUUACGAUUUUUAGUAUAUAUUUACAUAUCUUACUAUGUACGGGUUUUGUUAUGGAAACAAAUAAAAUAAUAUAGUGUUUCAGUGGCGUGUGCGUUGGGUGGACGGAGGUAGUGGUUACUAACCCUCGACCUUUCCUAUUGGCAUACAAAUACAAUAACCGCGCGGAAAUUGUAUAUUUUAGAUUUUUAGCCGAGUCGCCGGGAACAAAGCUCGAUUUAUUGCGCGAAAAACCGCGGCUUUUGAAUUCUUUUAAGAACAAGAUUCUCGCGAAUCGUGGUUAUUUUUUUUUUCAUAUUUUUUUAUUUACUAUAUUGUACGUCGCAUUUCCCGGGCGCGAUUUAUAUCUCGUUAACAAUAAUAUAAUACCGUAUAAAAUAUAGUCCGCGCCGCGUAAUACGAGUUUCUCCCGGUAGGAUGAGUGCGCGGCGACGCGGCGGUGGUGACAUUAACGACCGCCGGCGGUGGUCAUCUUCGCGUCCCGUAUACUCCCGCGCGUGCGUCCUGGUUUCCCAGUAAUUGCACAUUGUUCCCCGCAUUGUGCUACUGUAUCAUACGAAAAGCAAUCAUUUUCCGAUAUUAACUUUCGGUGUACGUCGCAAAGUUCAUUUAUUAAUAUCGCCGGACAUCGGACGACCCUCCGCACGCCGAUCUCCUCCUCUCUCCUCCGCGCGUUUUUCGUCGCUGCGUGGAGUAGGUGCGUGCCGGCUAUACAACGGUUUUUCGGUGUAGUGUAACCUCCGCGCGACCAAUAUUAGAAACUAGAUUAAUAAUAAACUUUUAACCGACAGAAAGCUAAUGCGCAUUCGCGGUCGCCGCUGCAUUAUUCAUGAACGGGUUCGUGCGGGUUUUCGCCGAAAGUUUUACAAAACUCCGCAAGAAGAAUAAUUUAUAAUUACACGUAUACUUAGCGCGUAAACGCAAUGCAAAUAUAGUUGCGCGUCUCCGUGUAGCGUUCUCGGAGAGCUGCUGAAUCGGUGUGUUGUAUCGUCGAGGUUCUGGAUGCGCGCCAGGUUUUCGGUUCUAACCACGAGCACGAGAUUAUUGUCGUCUAAAUAUAAAUUUAUUUUUGGAAAACGUCUUGUGGUUUUUUUUUUUUUUUUUAAUGAAGUGUAUUGAAAAACAAAACGUAACGUGUGUUUUAUAUUAUACGAGGCCAAGGUUGUUAUUCAUUCCGCGGUUGUUGCAGUUCAUCGGUGUACGCGCUAAAAAUCUCGAUAAAUAUUUUUAUUUUUUUACAAGUCUGUCUUUAAUCGUAGUAACCAUACAUACUGGCUGCUUUCCAUGACAGAUAAAUGUACUCAUUCGUACUAAUCUGCAGCUGAUUCCAUGAACAAAUUGUUGUCCUAUGACAGUGCAAAUGGUCUAAACGAUACGUUAGUUUUGUUCUAACCAUUAAAUAUAACCUUCUCAAAAUCGUUACAAUUGCGAAUUAGGCUGACAAAGUGCGUAAUAUAAUACAUUGGAGAAUUAUAGUCGGCUCACUGUGUACAGUGAUAAUUGCUUAUAAGCGGAUUAUUCGCAUAUUACACGCUUGUUUUGCUUCUGAAACAACUGCAGCUAUAGUACAAUUAUAUGUGUUAUUAUAACAUGUGCCAAUUGUUUUGUAAUCACUAUCGGUAUCGUAUUCUAGAUAAAUGUAAAAUGUAAUAAUUGUUAUGUAUCUAAUAAUAACUUUUGACUAGUUUUUGAAUUAUUUCAAUGCGUUUGUUUUGUUAACUAGGUACCUGAAGACUAGGUAUUGGAGUAGAUAACCAAUAUUUUUGUCUAUAUAAAAGAUAUAAAAAUAAGGACUGUAAAAAUGUAAGAUAACAGAUUAUUUUCAGUUAUCUAAUACACUUAAUAAUUUGUUUUGAAAAAAAAAAAGAUAGACAUAUAAGUAGUAUAUUUAUUGGUAGGUAAUUCAGAUUUAGAACAUAUCAAAUAAAUUAUACUACAGCCAUAAGUCUGUCUACUUUUUUUUUUUUUUUUUUUUAAUAUAAAGAUUUGUAUUCUACUAUCAAGAUGUAUGAUAUAGUUAGUAGAAAUUGGUAACUUUAUAGAAAUAAUUUGGCUGAUAAAAAUAAUAUAUUUUGGUUUUAUAAAAUUAGAUAAAAUAUAUAAGCAUGUCGCUAUCCAAAUUAUCUUUUAGGCGAUUAUUUUAUCCAGGCGAUCCAAACACAAACCGUACUAAUUUAUUUUGCGCGUUGGGUUGGACAUUUUCAUCACUGGUUUAUUAUAGUGUAUAAGUACUUAAAUAAUAUAUUUUUUAAUUACCCAGUUGUGUCCCCACUUGUCGUCUUGAGUUACAGAACUAAUCUGGUUUUAACUGGCGGUGGUUGUAUUUUUCUUUAAUCCGAUAUUCGUAUUUUUUUUUUUUACGUACGAUGAUAAAUUUACUACAAUAUCCGCUGAAUACAAGAGUCUAAUCCAUCAUUUCCUUUCGUAUUGUCGACUGUCAUGUAUAUAUGCGCGAUUAUCUGUCAAGUGCAAAAUAUUGCUUGUCUAAUGCAUCACGUUUCACAGUGGAUUUUUAUUAAAUUUGUCUACCAAAUAGAAAAUGUAUACGAUAUUAUAUUAUACACAAUAAUGUGGGUAUUGUAAAAUAAUUUGUUUAAAAUACGUGUCGGCUGAAGGUUAACAUAGUUUUAAUCGUCCAACAUGAACGUUUUUUUUAAUCGUAUCCCAUGUUCCUUAUUAUGGUUUUCUGUACCUACGUUUGAAUUUGAAAACGUUACUUUUUUGUAUUUGAUUUAUUUUUGUACAUAUCUAUUCAGUUCUACGCAAACCGGGGCCUAAACAUUUUAAAAUUAAUUUAAAUUUAUAUUUUGUUCUGUUUUUUACUCGAAAAUAAAUACUACUUAUGUCGUAAUUAAAAAAAACAUUUCGGUAUAAAUAGGCGAUAGUUAAAUUUUUUUUUAUUACAUAUACGAUAUUGGCCAAGGAACUUUUUAGCAUAUACCAAAGCGUAUUCAUUCCUCCCUUAAAUGCUCCACGAUCAUAUAAACUAAACCCAUUUUCAUUCUUAAAUUUUGGAUUUUCUCCAAUAAUCUCCCCCCUUCUCUCGCCAUCGCCAGUGAGAGUAUUUCCGUUAGAAAAUAAAUUAUAUUUUGUUAUAAAAUCUACUCUAUUAUAAUUCGAAAAUUAGUCGUUUAUUUUCUAUGGUAGUCGCACAGCGUGUAUACAAUCUCGAAUCAUUUACCGGGUGUCCGUGAAAAUGGAGAUGGUGUAAAUGUACUUUAGUGUGUGUUUAUUUGGAAACAGAAAUGCCCCGAUAUUGACGUGUAGUAGUUGUUCGUAUUUUUAUGUUCUUUUUCCUUCGAUACAUUAUUUAUUUAAUUUUUUUUUUUGUAAAUUUGAAUUUUAAGCAUAUCGUUCGAUUUCGACCAUAAAAAAUAAAUAUAACUACCACCUCCUGUGCUCACUGCAACUAACAAACACUGGUUCGCGCGUUUUCCAACAUUUCCGAAAUCAAAUAUAAUAAAAAUGUUGCAUGGAAUUUACAGUCUGUGUGCUUAGGACUUUUUUCUCCUCGUGUAUACGUCACGGUAGAAAAUAUUAUAAUAUUCUACGUCGCAAACUUACGAGAAUACUGCGUGACUAUAUCUUUUUUAACCGUAAUGUGUUAUUACAUUACUUUUUUCUGUUAUACUUUUCUAAUGAAAAUAGUAAUAAUAAAAAAAAAAAAAAAAAACGGAAUUACAACGUAUAAUAUUGUAAUAUGCCAAUCGAUAUGUAAAAAAUGUAUAUAGAUACAUAAUAUUGUACAUGUAUAUAUUCCCUAAAUACGGAUUCGUAUAAUUGUAUCAUCAUAUAAUCAUCGUCGUAAAACGGUUCGUGUUUUUCAUCGAUCGCGUGUUUUUUUUUUUUUAUAACGAUGUAAAAACAUUUCAACUAAUAAUAUAAUAAUACCACGUAAUGUCUAAGACUUGGUAGGUUACCCCGUAUACUACGUAUAAAACCGAUACACCGUAAUUGCUUCGAGUCAUUCUUUUUUGUAUUUUAUCUUCACUACUACCCACUACUCCACUAUACACAACUAAUACAAAACGUUAAAUUGUUAUUUGCUUUUUAAAGUUGCUUUUCCUUUCAUUUUAAACGCCGUUGUAUUAUUGACUCGAUCGAUUCGAUAUAAACUUUUAUUUGGUAGUAUUAUAAUAACUAUGCUAUUUUGAUAGGUACCCAUAUAAUAAUAUAUUCCGAUACCCUAGUAAUAGUUUUUGGAUAAUCUUUAGUAAUCUUUGUGUCUGGUGAAGAAGAGGGCUUAAUUUAAUUCUUGGCAUGUUUUUGUAUUAUUAUUAUUUGUCUAUCUUAAUCGCAGAAAUACGUUCUUACACGUAGUUAUACUGAAGAUUUUAAAUAUCUUUAGGCAUUAUGAUGAGUAUUUUUUGUUUGAAUAGAAAGAUAUAAGUCGUAUUAUAAUUAUAUAUAGCCAUUAUUUAUAACGCCUGUAAUUCAGUGGGUUAGGCCUUAGCGAUUUUCAACAUCUAAUUCGUUAGUAUUUUUGUUUGAAAAUGACCAAAGUUCUUUUUCUCCGAGACCAAAAAUACAUAUAUAUGUCAGUGAAUUAAAUGCGGUAAAAUAUCCCAUUUAAAUUCAGCAAAAGAAAUAAUUUUAAUUUAAAAACAAAAACCCCCUAGAGAUGCAGUUGCUGUAGACUAUAUAGAGUCAAAUUUUUUCUUACUUAUUUUAUUCAGACAUUUUUUUUGUUAAACAAUAACGAACCGAAUACUAUAUAUAUACUAUUGCGCUACUAAUAUAGUUACCAUGUACUACUGAUUCCAAGCGAAUGGUGAAAUUUUAUCUUUUAAAUUAUGGGGGGCGUAGGUUGAAAGUUGAAAACUCCAAAAGAAACAUCCCAGACGCUAUAAUGCAAUAUACAUUUAUGCUGCUCACGGGUGUUUUUGUUCCAAGACACAAUUUCUCAUUUGGGAAAUAUUUAUUUUUAGUUUUAUAGAUGGUGAACGCGCUAUACAAGUCAAAGAUCUAAAUUAAUAUAACAUUAUAUCUGCUUAAUAAUAAUUGUAUUGCCCGUAAAAAUUAAUAACAUCAAUAUUAUAAUAUUAUGUUUUUAAUUCAGCCUAAAGGUUGAAAUUAUAGUUCGAAUAACGAAUUGUUAUAAUAUAAUUUGUCCAUUUGCCCCCAAGUAUAUUCCUUUGAAUUGUUCGGAAUUGCAGUUUUAUUAUUAAUUUAUUAAUUAUAUUGUGCGAGCUUCAAAGUUCAAAGUACCGAAAUAUUAAAGCGGCUCAGUUGGCUUUGUAUUAGCCAAUAAAAUAGUUCGGCAAACACCACCCCCUUUCCCCUGCAGUUAAGACAUGAUUAUUAUUUUAGGUUAGUAUCUAAAUAUUAGCGGUGAUUAUUGGCCUGAACCGAUGUCGUAUAUAUUUUAUACAUGGAUAUUUUGUUUCAAAAAACCGAAAUUUUUCGAGAAAAAAUAUUUCUGUAAUAUGAAAAAAAAAGAAAAAAAGGCGUUUAUAAAUGGGAUUUUCAACCGAUAUUUCAAUUAAUAUCAGUUAGCAUCAACUCAUGGUUCCCGACAUCGGGUUUUAUAUCGGUAGCAAUAAAUCGUAAAAAAAAAAGUGUCAGAAGAUAAUACCAAUUAAAUAUGACACGGAGUAAUGUAUAAUUUAGUAUAUUUCGCGUUUCGUUUCAUUGCGAUCUAUACAAAAAAAAAAUAAACAUACAUAUAUAUAUUUUUCCUCUAUUUUAAUAAUAUUAUUAAAUAUAAUGAAAUAUGUAUUAUAAAUAGUUCCGAAAAAAAAAAAUGUUUUUUUUGCUUAGUCUUAGGUAUUAUGAAAAAAUAAAAUGAAAAUUUAUUCAAAAUACGAGAAUUCGUAUUUCCAGUUAACGUGGUUAAAUUGUGUAACGGUAUUUAUCAUUAAUAGUUCAUCAAUUACCCGUGUUUGAAUAAUAUUUUGCGUUUCGUUUCCAACGUUUUUUACGUUUACAUUCGAAUACGAAUAAUCGUUAAGUAACUCAGUAGUAUAUACAGUUGAGUUCUAUCAAUUAAAUAAAUUGAUCAACACCGUCCUUGGCAUCGUUCAAUUACGAUUUAUUAAAUAUACUUUAACUAAAUGCCAGUUCUGUAUUCAAAUUGAUUAUCGUAUUAUACGGGGGUAUAUACUUGAUAAAUGGUAAUAUUUGUAUUCGUAUUUUUUUUUUCUCGUAUUAUAGAAAGAAAAAAAAAAUGCGGACGUUCCUUAAAUAAUAUAUACGACGGGGGAGUGGGUUGUAGGGGGGAAAAGAAAUGGUUUAUUCAUUGGCGGUUUUAAACGGGAACUUCUUUAUAUGAAAGGCGAUUCUGUCGACCCACGUCCAGCGCCCAUACACAAUUGAAAAGUUUUUAAGAAAUCCCCGGAUUUCUAAUCUGACAUUUUUCCGCUCCCGUUUCCCCUCUAAAUGGUUACUUGAAAAUGGUCCCUACUUUUAUUAUUUACAAAAUAUUGCUUGAAAGUAUUUGUAAUUUUUUGUCGUCAUCAUUGUUAUAAUAUUAUCUCGAAAUUUAUACACGAACGCAAUUCAAAUGACAAAUAUCGUCGAGUGUAAUUUCGAAUGUAUUAUAUACCUAUGUACGGAUGAUAUUCAUGUACACCACCUACACAAUCAUCCGAAAUAACUAAUUAUUUCGUUUUGAUUCGGCGUAAUUAGGGUUCGUGCUAAUUGAUGUACCACUACUGCGCGCGGAUGAAUCAAUAAUUUUGUAACCAUCUAAAAAAAAAAUGUACGAGUCGAGCGUUUGUUGGGAGUUUCGCCGUUGUUUGCCGCAAUAUUAUGUAUUUAGGUUAAAAUUAUAUAUAUUUAUACUUAAACGCAAAAAGAGAAGAACUGCGGGAAAAUCAAAUUGUAUUAUUUGCUGAAAUUGUCAUGAAUAAUAAUAAUCUUUUUUAGAAAUGCUGUAACCAGAUAGCACUUGCCUUAUCUCCCUCCGAAUUCUUUUCUUUUUUACUAUUGGUUUAGGUUUUUUCGACGUACUUCUUACAGUUUUGAAGUGCAGUAGUAGUAAAUACCGAAUACAAAUUAUCAGCACUUUUUCCUUCUUACUGACACGUUUUCCCGGUUAUGGUACUGGCGUUUAAUCGGUGUAUUAUUCGGAAAAGUCACUAAAGGCAUUACGCGCAUUUAAAAUAUUUUAUGCAAUCUUUUAUAAAUUACGUUCAUCACAUAAUGGAACAUAUUUUCUAAAUUCGAUGUGCAAAAGACAUUUGAAAAUAAUCGCAUGCACGUGAUUUACACUGAUCGCCUGUACAUUUCAAGGCAUGCUAAUAAUUAGGAAUUUGAUGUUUAAUAUAUAGGAGUUCUAUUGUGUAAUUUUUUCAUUAAAAUCUCAUAUUUAUAAAUCCAAAAUCGAACGAGUGUUGUGCGUGUUGACACUUUUAGAUAAAUAUUCUCUUUUCGAAUCUGGGUUGAAAAACGGAAAAUUGCUAUUUAAAAAAAAAAAAAAAAAAAUCAAAAAUGUAUACGUGUUUGUAGAAUUAAAAUCAUUUUGAAAAUAUUUUAAAUAAUAUCCCGUUAAACGGUUCCUAUUAUAAUGACGACUGAAUAAAAACGAAAUUAAUUUUCCUAAAUUGUCCCCGUUGAUUAUCGCCGGAUCGACGACGACGACUGCUGCUGGUGAUGGCGGCGGCGGCGUUUUCUUACUAAUAUUUCGUUUUUUACUCGGGCGGCGGGUACGCGUUUAUCGAUGAAAAAUAUUUGUUAACGGGGGUUAGUCGAAAAUUAAACUUAACGUCGCUUCGGGAAACAUCUCCUCCCGGUUCUCGUAAAACCCCGGUGAAUAAUAUUUUGUUGCGCAUUAAACGAACUCCUCCACUUUUGUCGUCCUAUCUAUAAUCCGUGUAUGAUAUCUACGUGUGUGUAUAGACACGGAAUUGUUAAACUUCAUUAAGCGCAUUAGGCGUUGCGAAUUAAACUCCGUGUGCCGUGCCAGUGCAAAACUUGACGGGAUUUAUAUGGGACGUUAAUCAUCGGGACGGUGCAUGGCACACAGCGUGCGUGCGUGUGCGUGUGUGUGUGUGUGUGUUAAACGCUACCUCGGGUAAUGAACGCUGCCCCCGACGACAGCGCGCGCAUAUUAAUCACGUGUACAGUACAAAGACUACAAAAAGUCGUUUAUAUUUUGCCCAUAUUAUAUAGUUAUGAAUACACAACGGCGAAAUAUUAACCGUACCCGCACGCGGGAUGCAGAGAGGAAAAGAGAGAGAGAGAGAGACGGUAUUAUAACUUUUGAUGUGUAAUGUAUGUAACGGAAAAAAUUAAAAUUAAAAAUUAAAAAUCGAUUUUUCCGAAAUAAUCCGCUUCCGUUCGCCGUCUCGCUUCUGUGGAACAUUGAUUUUAAAAGUUUUACACUCUGUGUUUUUAAGUACCUACUGUACCCGAAUUGUCGUUUGAAACAGUUUCGUAAUAAUAAUAAAAUAGGAGAGACCGUCAUUUAGCCAUUUUUUUUUUUUCUCUCCCCGAAAACCAAUCCGGAGUUGUGUAGUAGUUUAAUAUAUUGUUUAACAUUACUUUUAGAUUCUGAGCGUAGCGAGAAUGUAUCGGUUUUCCCAUCUAUGAUGUGUGCGGAUUUUUUAUUUUAUCUGCCAACAAACUAUUUUUGUACAAAGUAAUCUUGUUCCAAUCAAAAGACGACUAGAGAGCUUUUUUUUUUUCGUAGCGUUUUGAAUCAAUUUUGUGUGUUGAAGAGGUAAUUUUUUCAUUUUCUUUAUUUUUCUUAAAAAUUAGCGAAACUGACAAAUAAUUUACGACAAUAAAAGUUUUAUUGUUUUCGAGUUUAUUUUUCUACAAGAAAUUUUGCUCAACAAUUUCAUGAGUAGAAUAUUUUCCGAAGGACAGUUUUAUCUAGUUGGUGCAUAAGAAAGUUGUAUAUUGAUUUUCCUUGUGGGAUUCUUAAUAAUAAUUGGGAAAACAACAGUAUUUUAGUUUUUGUUAUUCGGUUAAAAAUAAUCAUAGAUAUCUGAAAUUUUCAUAGAAUAUUGUAAUUUUAGACUUUUUAAAAUUUUAAAAACAUUCUGGCGAUUUUUGAGCUAUAAUAGUCAUUUUGUCAUUUUUUAUUUGGUUUUACGUGGAUAAAUUUGUUUGGCCCAACAAAAAUGCUUGAAUAUUAGAAUAUUAUAAACUUUUACUUGGCAGUCAAUUAAAGCUGAGGGUGUAAUUAUAAUACAUAAUACGUAGUUUUUUAAAUUUUACAAUUGAUUUUAAGUUCAAUUUUUGUUGAAAAUUGUAAAAUUGAUGGCAUUUAAUGUUUUACUGAACUUAGCCCAGAAUCAUAUUUCAUCAGCAAUGAUUUAUCAUAUAAAUUAAAUAACUUAAUGUAUCUGACUUUCCUGAUACAAUCAUCCACUACAUCUCUUGUUGAUUUUCCUCUUUAGUACACUUGAAUGACUUUUUUUUCGAAUAGUCUGAUCUAAAAUAUAUUUAUUUUCUAUAUAAUGAAUGAUUUACGAUUGUUUUGAAAGAAAAAGAACAUUUCUUUAUAUGGUAUCUGGCUAAAAGUAAUAUAAUAUGUUCUCAGUUAAAAUAAUUGAAGUUUGUUUCUGGUCCCCCAAUACCCUAGUUUAUUUGGAAGUUGAACAUAGACAAUUUGUUUGAUAACAUAAAUCUAUGUUAGUAAUGUAAGCCAAGCAAUAAAAUUGAUUAGAUUGUAAAACAUGCGUAGAUGUACUUAUCCUUUAUGUGCGUUCAAUAUCAUAUUAUUUAUACUGUACGAACAAUAUACAAUUUCAAUUACUUUUACAACAGAGUUUAUAUGGUGUUUCUUACUCUUCAUCUUGAUACAUUUAAAAGUUAUGGUCAAUUUUGAUAAUUGUUGAAAAAGGUACCCAAAUAAUGUAUACAAUAUCCUUGUAGUUAAUAUAAUAUAAUAUCUUACAAGACACUUAAUAAUCCCUUUUUCAAUCAAAAUAUAAAAUCAUAGGUAGUUUGAAGAUCUUUUAUUGUAAUCAACAUUUAUGUUGCUUAUGGUAUAUCAGUACACAAUGUAUUUAUUAUCUUAUUGAUAUCAUUAAUAUCUCAUAGUGAGCCAAAACUAGGCUAAGACAAGUAACCCUUAAAAAUUAUUUCAUCUCUUACAAAUUCAUAAUAAUACAAUGUAAAAGAUAAAUAAUAUAACACACCUAAAAUGUGGUAAAAGAAAAAAAAGACUUAAAACUAAACUAACUAAUUAAUUAUUAACUAAAAAUUGUUAAUAAAUGCUAAAAUAAAAUGUUUUAUUCUCAUUUAAUAGUUAAGGCAAAUUUGUUUUAUAACCAUCAUUUAACAAGCUUUGGUAAACAAUACAAAGUACACUGAAAUCCUAACCCUUUAGAUGACUACUUAAAACUUAUUGUUUAUUGAUAUUUCUUAAUUGCUAAGUGUGUUUCCAUCUGUUCAAUUAUGACUUUUGUUUCAGGUCAGUGGCUGCUUAUCUCCGGGCUUUGACAUUAAGCCCAAAUAAUGCUGUUGUACAUGGAAAUUUGGCUUGUGUGUACUAUGAACAAGGGUAAGUAUUCAUUAAAUAUUUGUAUAUAUUACUCAAAAAACUAAAAUCCCAUUAUCGUUUUACAUUAUAUAUUCUUUUAGACUUAUUGAUUUGGCUAUUGAUACUUAUCGCCGUGCUAUAGAACUACAACCCAAUUUUCCCGAUGCCUAUUGCAAUUUGGCAAAUGCUCUUAAAGAAAAAGGACAGGUUUGUUGAAUUUUUAUAUUUUUGUUUUAAUUAUUAUAUAAAUUAUUAUAUAAAUUAUUAUAUGCUAAUAUAGGUCACUGAUGCUGAAGAAUGCUACAAUACAGCUUUGAAACUAUGUCCAACACACGCAGAUUCACUAAACAACUUGGCCAAUAUAAAACGCGAACAAGGUUAUAUAGAAGAGGCGACCAGACUAUAUUUGAAAGCCCUGGAAGUAUUUCCCGAAUUUGCUGCUGCUCAUUCCAAUUUGGCUUCUGUUCUUCAACAACAGGGCAAAUUGACAGAAGCCUUGAACCACUAUCAAGAAGCUAUUCGUAUUCAGCCUACAUUUGCAGAUGCUUACUCAAACAUGGGAAACACUCUCAAAGAAAUGCAAGAUGUACAAAAUGCUUUACAAUGUUAUUCAAGAGCCAUUCAAAUAAACCCUGCAUUUGCUGACGCUCACAGUAAUUUAGCUUCAAUUCACAAGGACUCUGGGAAUAUACCAGAAGCUAUUGCUUCUUACAGAACUGCUUUAAGACUGAAACCAGACUUUCCUGAUGCUUAUUGUAAUCUCGCGCAUUGCCUACAAAUUGUGUGCGAUUGGACUGAUUAUGAUGCACGUAUGAAAAAAUUAGUUAGCAUUGUUGCCGAACAGUUGGAAAAGAAUCGUUUGCCAUCUGUCCAUCCUCAUCACUCUAUGCUCUAUCCACUGUCCCACAGUUUCCGAAAAGCCAUUGCUGGAAGACAUGCUGCAUUAUGUUUGGAAAAAAUUACAGUUUUACACAAACCUCCCUAUAAAUACAUUAAAGAACUAGCUCCUGGCAAUCGUUUACGUAUUGGAUAUGUUUCAUCAGAUUUUGGUAAUCAUCCCACGUCACAUUUAAUGCAAUCCAUACCGGGUUUGCACAAUAAGGACAAAGUAGAAAUAUUUUGUUAUGCUUUAUCACCAGAUGAUAAUACUACAUUCAGAUCUAAAAUUGCUAGGGAAGCAGAACAUUUUAUUGAUUUAUCACAUGUAAGAAACAACAAUUUAAUAUUAUUGCAAUAUUUUUUCUUUUUGCAUAAAAUAAAAUAUGUUCCUAUAAUAUAUUAUUUUAUAAAAAUAAAAAUAUUUACCGAUUUUUUUUCUUCAGAUUCCUUGUAAUGGAAAAGCUGCUGACAAAAUAAAUAAUGAUGGGAUACAUAUUUUAGUAAAUAUGAAUGGAUACACAAAAGGUGCAAGAAAUGAAAUAUUUGCAUUACGUCCUGCUCCAAUACAAGUAAAUUAUUUAUAAAUAUUAAUUCAAAAAUAUUAUUGAGUUUAAUUAUGACAAUCAACAAAUAUGUUUGUGAUAUUUCACAAUAAUUGGUUAAAUUAAUUUUCAGGUAAUGUGGCUCGGUUAUCCUGGAACUAGUGGUGCUCCCUUCAUGGACUACUUAAUUACUGAUAUGGUUACAUCACCAGUUGAACUUGCAUCUCAGUAUAGUGAAAAAUUGGCAUACAUGCCCCAUACUUAUUUCAUUGGUGAUCACAAACAAAUGUUCCCUCACCUAUGUGAGCGGAUAAUUCUAUCUGACAAGGUUGGCUGUAAAAAAGAUGUGGCUGAUAAUGUAGCUGUGAUAAAUGCUACAGAUUUAUCACCGAUUAUCGAAAACACUAAUAUAAAAGAAAUAAAACAAGUAAUUGUAUCUGAAAUUGCCGAUUCUAAAUUGACAAGACCUGUUGAAGUGAAUUUGAAAGUUGCUGAAUUGCCAACUACUACACCUAUUGAGGUAUUAAUACAAUUUUGAAUUAUAAAUUAGUGUUGUAUUUUAGAUUCUGAGCGGAGUGAGGAAUGUAUUGGUUAUACAAUGCUGUUUAUUAUUUUUUUCUGUGAUCAACUACUAGGAAUUUUGCUUUGACUUUCAUGUAAACACCUUUUCUAAAAAGACAUUUAACUGAGGUGGUACUUUGGUAGGCCAUUUUUUGAUUUCAUUUUAUGAUUAAUAAUCAUAAUAGAAAAAAGUAGGAAAAAUUGGAAAAUUUAGAAAAUUUAUUCUUUUCAAAAUGUUACUAUUAUGUCCUUUCUAAAUGUGUAUAACUAAACUCCGCUCGGAAUUGGUUUUCGUUAACGAUAGUUAAUUGUUGAAUGCAGAUAUUCAUUAAAUUUCCUCUCUACCUUCUUAACCUUCAUCUACAACAGUGGCCCAUCAUGUGAAGUAAUCUGUUUUUUUAAAUUAUUAAUACAUUUUUUUUUUUCUUUAGACUAUGAUUGCUUCUGGACAAAUUCAAACUUCAGUAAACGGAGUUGUAGUACAAAAUGGACUUGCAACUAACCAAACUAAUAAUAAGGCAGCUACAGGAGAGGAAGUACCUCAAAAUAUUGUUAUUACUACACGUCAACAGUAUGGUUUGCCAGAAGAUGCUGUUGUGUAUUGCAAUUUUAAUCAAUUGUAUAAAAUCGAUCCAAACACUCUUCAUAUGUGGGUUAAUGUAAGUGAAGAUUUUAUAAUUUAUUUUGUCUUAUAUAUGUAUUAAAUAUUAUUUUGGUUUCAGAUUUUAAAAGCUGUACCUAAUUCUGUACUAUGGCUUCUGCGUUUCCCCGCUGUUGGUGAGACCCAUAUUCAAAAUACAGCUGCUAACCUGGGUAUUGGACCAGGUCGUAUAUUGUUCAGUAACGUAGCUGCUAAAGAAGAACAUGUGCGCAGAGGACAAUUAGCUGAUGUAUGUUUGGACACUCCUCUUUGUAAUGGUCACACUACCAGUAUGGAUGUACUAUGGACUGGCACACCAGUUGUUACAUUACCAGGUAUUAUUUUUUAUGGUUGAUUAUAUUUGUUUGGUAAAUUAUAAUAUUUGUAUUGUAUAUAACUAGGAGAAACAUUGGCAUCCAGAGUUGCUGCAUCACAAUUGGCAACACUCGGCUGUCCUGAACUCAUUGCCAGGACUAGAGAGGAAUAUCAAGAUAUUGCUAUCAGAUUAGGAACUGACAAAGAAUAGUAUGUAUUUGUUGACAUUAUUCAGUACAUUUUUAAGUGUAUUAUACCUUUGUCUUUUUGUAUAUUGUUUAGUUUAAAAACUAUGCGAGUAGAAGUCUGGCGAGCACGAUCUGAAAGUCCAUUGUUUAAUUGUUCGAUUUAUGCAAAUGGUCUUGAAAAGCUUUACAGAGCAAUGUGGGAUAAACACCAACGUGGUGAAAAACCUGAUCACAUCCUCUCGCUAGAAAAUUAUUAAAUAUAAAGUGAGUAUUGAUAUAAAUUUGAAUGUAUGCUUUUUAUUAAUAUAAUUGUUAGUAUUUAAAUCAACAACUAAUUAUUACUGUACAAACUCAUUUACAAUGCGAGAAGUGGUCUUUUGAUUUAAAUCCUAUUGUGAAAUUUGUCACUGAAAAUUAUUAUUUUUAUUUAUAUUUUGUAAUUAGUGUUUUAUCGUAUUUCUGUCAAAUGAAGUACAAGAAAAAGUUUUUGUACUAUACUCUUAAUUUCAAUUGCAUUAGUAACUAAAAAAUAAACAUGAGUCAUUUGUUUUAUAUUUAUAUAAUUUAUAUUAACUUUAUUAUAUAAGAAAAUAAAAACACAUUAAUGACUAAAAAUAAAAUACUGAUGCAAAAAAUGAAUUGAUUUGAUUUUGUGUGAAUUGGGUAAUCUCCAUAUAAGAUGAAUAUAUUUAAAAUAUUAAACAAUUGUAGUUUUCAGAGUUAUUAUUAAAUACUGACUUAAUUUUUAUAUUUUUAGGUACUUCUAGAAAUUAAAAUUAACAUUGUUUAUUUCUUUUUUUUACAUAAUAUUUGAUAAAAUGUUUAUAAUUAAUGGUUUUGAAAAAUAUAUAUAUUAAUUUUAGUAUAAGAAGUGUAAUGAUUUAUAUUUUUAAUUAAAGUACUAACAAUGUAAUAUAUUAUGUUGAAAAAUACAAUUUCGACAUUUUAUAUUAUUAUUAUAACAAUGUAAGUAGUAGAAUGAUAAUACAUAAUAUGAAGUCUCAAUAAAAUUAUGAAAUUUGUUAAGGUAAAAUAAAUUUGAUUCUCCUACUCACUAUUACAUAGGUAAUAGUUUUAUUAAUCACAAUCAUAUUAAGUUCAAGUAUUAGUAAAUUGUUGAUAAAAAAAUAUUAGGAAAUAAAAAUGUUGUAAUAUAGUUCAAUAUAUAUUAAUGAUAAUAUUAAUAUUUACUCUACUAAGUGAAAUUAUUAAAUUUUGAUUACAGAAUCAAAAUUAAACAUAUUAAAUCUUAAUUUAUUUUAUGAUCAAUAAUGAUGAAACAUUUGAACGAUGCAAAUAGUGGAAUGAUAUUCAUAUGACUACAAUUAUAUUCUGAAAUCAGUUUCUAUGCAAAAAAUAAUUAGACAAAUAUAUUGUAAUAUCUCCUUUGUUAUGUAAUUUGUAUAAAAUGGUCAAUAUUUUAUUCUUUCUAAGUUAGUAAAUACUUUAAUUUUUUCUUUAUUUUAGUAUAUAAAAUAUUGAAUUAUAAUUAAUGAUUAAUAAUGAUGAAAAACUAAAACGGUGCAAGUAGUGGAAUGAUAUUCAUAUGACUACAAUUAUAUUCUGAAAUCAGUUACUAUGGAAAAAAUAAUUAGAAAAAUAUAUUGUAAUAUCUCCUUUGUUAAAUAAUCUGCAUAAAAAAUGGUCAAUAUUUUAUUUUUCCUAAGUUGGUAAAUACUUCAAUUUCUUCUUUAUUCUUGGAUAUUGAAUAUUGAAUUAUAAUUGAUGAUUAAUAAUGAUGAAAAACUAAAACGAUGCAAGUAGUGGAAUGAUAUUCAUGUGACUACAAUUCUAUUCUGAAAUCAGUUUCUAUGCAAAAGAUAAUAUUAACAAAAAUAUUCUCCUGUGCUUCAUAAUUUAUUUAGAAAAUUAGUCACUCCCUUUUGUAUGUUUGUCAUUAGGCUAGGUAUUCAUUUUAUAACUUGUUUAAUGAUUAAGUUUUGUCACAAUUUAUUUAUGAAUAUUGCAAACAGAAGGCAAAUAAUACUUUAAAUGUAUUGCAAUCAAAUUAAAAAAUAUUUUUACAUGUAAUCAAAUAUUAUUCUUCUAUAAUUUUAUAAUCAAAUUGUGAUACAGUAAAAUAAUUUUGAUAUGUUACAUUCACGUUUAGGUCAUAGUUUAAAUGAUAACAAUUUGAGUUAUACACUGUGGUAAUAUUCACUAAAUAUUUGAAAUACAAAUUAUUUUUAACUGUUAAUAAUUUAUUGUAGAAUAUUGACUUUUGAAUAUGAUUACGUUUAUAAAAUACAUCACAAUACAGUUCAAUAUAUUAAUGAUUUCAAACAUUUUUAUUUUGAUGCGAGAAGUGGAAUGAUUUAAUUCUGAUUAAAAUCAUUUUAAUGAAAUAUAUUGAAUUUUAUGUUAUUUUAUUAUUAUUAUAUUUUUUUUAAUGAUUUAUGAUGAAAACCUUAAAAGGUACAUGUAGUGGAAUGAUAAUUAUAUGACUACAAUUUUCUUCUGAAAUCAAUUUCUGAGUAAAAGAUAAUAAGUAAAAUAUUGUAAUAUCUCCCAUAUUAUAUAAUUCUUAUAAAAACAAAUACUAGGUAUAAUAUUCUUAUAUUUUAUUUUAGCAGGGUAAUUCUAAAUAUACAAUGCAUUUUACAUUAAACAUCAGGCGGUGGCUUAAAAACCAAAUUGUACAAUGUUUUUUUUACACUUAAAUAAUAAUGUGCAAGUAUAUAAUUUAAUUACACUAAUAGAAAAUUUUAUUUCAAAAUGUUGUAUUUAUGUACAUAAAUAUUAAUUUAUGAUAAAUUGUUCAAUAAUAAAAUAACCUGAAAAAUUCCCCACGAGGUCUCGAAUGAUUUAAUUAAAACGAUAAGAGUAGAAUGAUUAAUUGCUUAUGAUAUUGCAAUAUUUUAAUACGAUAGUUUGAAUAUGAGCGCGCACAUUUUUAUAAUAAUUAAAUACAAUACCUACUAUUAAAACAAUUUUCGUAAUAAAUAAAAAAAAAAAAAUUAUGUUUUUGUUUCAGAAGGCAUUAAUACUAUCUUUUGGACAUCCUGUACCAUCAAUUCUCAGGAUAUUUACUUUAGACCAUAAUUUUAAUCUUAUCUCUUCAACUUUUAAGAGUCUUAAUUUUAAUACCUGUAUAUAUAUAUAUAUAUAUAUAUAUAUAUAUAUUAUACAAUUUAAAAUAUCUCUUUCUUUUUAUAUAAUAUAGUUUUAUUCUCUCUUGUACAUAGUAGUACUUAGGUCUUUCAUUGUAAUGGAUAUAUGAAAAGAAAAUCCUAUCCCACUUUGGUUAUUAUUUUGUAUGUAUGUAUGUCAUAUAUACAUAUAUAUUUAUAUAUAUAUAUAUAUAUAUAUAUACAUAAGUUUUGUAUUUGUUUUUAGCCGUUGAUAAAUAAACAUUUACAAUGACUCUUACAAAGCAAUGCUUAAUUCUGAGUUUAUCCAUGAUUAUAUCCAUACUUUAUUUUAUAAUGAAACUCUUGUCACAUACAAGUAUAUAUAUAUAUAUAUAUAUAUACAUAUAUAUAUAUAUAAACGCACUCCAGAUAAACCAUUCGGUUAUUUCAUUUAAACAUGUAUUGAGAAAUCGGUAUAACAAUUACAUAACAAAGAAUAUAGAAAAAUGAAUAAUUACUCGACAGUAUCAAGACUAAAAGUAAUUGUUAAAAAAGUUAUUGUUUUAAGAAAUCGUAAAAUAGUGUUAAUUUUUUUUGUAGAAAAAUACAUCUUUGAUUUACUUGUGCUAUGUGAAUUGUGGAAAGCUAAAUGUAAAAAUUUGUUUUGAAUAAAACAAUCUUAAGAUUAUGAAUACUAUUAUUGUGUAAAAAAAAUAAUUUGUUGAAGUAUAAUUUAAAUUAAUAUCUUGAGGCUAUUAAUAUUUUUGUAUUUUGGGAUUUUGCCGCGGGUGAUACAUUUAAAACGUGAUCUCACAGUUUUUUAAAAUAUUGUAAAACAGU